UGAUGAACUUUCGUUACAUAUAACUUCUAUAUGGGUUUUAAGUCUGUGGCUAAACUGUCAUUAAAUCCACGAUGUUGACUUGUACCCAUUGUCUCCAUCGACAUUUUCUAUGAAAAUUGUUGUUUAACCUCUAAGUAACAUGGCUACUUGGAUCACAGUGACACCGCGGCUUGAACAAGGUUUAAAGAUAAUAAAUCAAAUAGAUAAUAGCAAAUUUCGAUUACUCAUAAAUCGUAUUUGUCAAACACUUCAAUCUAGUGUUGAUGCAAAAAUAUUCAGUGAGGAUGAAGAAGAAAAGCUACUAGUUUCUUUGGGUUUAAAUAAAGAUGAUUUGGUUGUUCUCCUGGAAGCAAUAAUAACAAUUUACAAACAAGCUGCAUGUAAUAUUAUAAAACCACAGUUAAUGGAAACUACUUUAAAGAAUAUUGUUAAAACUGAUGACGAGAAGAUUCAAAUAUUUCUGAAUGCUUGGAUAACGUAUGGUAAAGGAAUAAUAGAUAAUUUUAGACAACAAUCUAUAUUUCCAGUUCAGGUCAAAGAUAUUGAUUGGUGUUUGAAUAUUCAAGCUUCAUCUUCUACUAUCAAAAAGGAUGUACGUCCAAUGGCAUUGCUACAAUUAAAUCUGACAGGUGAAAGGCAAUCUAAAUUAACAGUUGAAUUUGAUAAAAAAGAACUAACAGACUUAUAUCAUAAUUUAGAGAAGAUACAAUCCCAAUUAGAUGCUCUCAAAUAAUUUGUAAAUAUUACUCCUAAGUAUUGUAAAAUUAUUUGUACUAUACAAAAUAUAUUUUCUAACUUUUUCUAUUAAUUAUAAAUAUAAUUAAUUGUUAUGAAUAUGUUAAAA